AUGAAGUUCGCUACUGCUCUCGUCGGCCUCGUCGCCUCUGCUACCUAUGCUGCCGCCGCCUCGGUCACCUUUGUCACUCUUGACGACAAGGAGCGCACCAUCAUCUUCACCCCUGACCCUGGUUACGAAGGCCCCGAAUCUGUUACUGUCAGCUCGGCCAAGGAGGUUACUGUUGACUUCCCUGACAAGUACAUUGGUAACUUCUAUGCUGUCCAGAAGGGCAAGGCUGAUCAACCCGGCAUGCUUGGUGAGGUCACCUUCGGUGGCUGGAACGGCAAGACUUAUUUCGAUGUCUCUGCCAUCGUGGACCCCAACGACAAGGACAACGUCAAGCAGAUGUGGCCCAAGUCUGCUGCCACCCCCAUGUCUGGCUGCGAGACCUUCCCUUGUGACAACUGCUACUGGCUCCCUGAUGAUGUCCAGACCAAGGUCACUGACGAGGUUGACCUCAUCACCACCCUUGGAGACGGCGCCAGCCCCUACCAGGCCCAGUCUAACUAA